AUGUCAGAACGGUCCCAGGAACCAGACACUAUCUACCGAAAUCUCAGGCUGGUUACAUCAUGGUACAACUUCUUCAUCUUCGUCGUUGCACCGUGGCUGGCAUACAUAUGGCUUAUAUACACUGUCUACCAUCUGGAAGAAGACACUCCGAUAUUUUCCAGAGCAAAGCUCAUUCUCGCUAUGUUCCUGCUGGGCGCGGCUGGGUUGGCGAUGUACAUUCGAAGCCAAAGCGUUCGGGAACAGCUACAGGCGAAGGGUUACGAGCAGCGCGGGACCCUAGCACGAGCACUGGAUCUUUUGUUCAACCUGGCAAUCAUUGUCGCUGGUUAUUUCUGGCUGCAGAGGUGGGUCGCCGAUGUAGCAGAUACUGGCGAAGGAGAAGAUGUGCUGUUUUUGUACAUUUUGUUCCCAUUGUACGGCGCUAUCGUCUGGACGGGGCUGGUGAUAGUGUGUACUGGACCCAUACUCUGGUUCACAACGCGUGUCAGAUGA